AUGGAUCCAUUUAUCCAUACACGAGACUUACCAUUUGUCAUAUGGCUAGCCCAGAGUCGAACAGAUUUAAAGGACUUUAAGUUUCCUGACCCGUUAGACGAACCGAUUCCGUACUUAAAGCCGCCGACACCGAACUGCAAGAGGUGUCAUGCAAGUCGGUGGUUUGAAGUAUGCAAGCCCGUUGACCCGUUAAGCCAUCCGGUUAGAGGCUUAGAGGGUGGCGAGGAUGUUGCGGCAAAGAUUAUAAGGCUGCACCAAGAACAAGUCGACAAGUUCAAUGCUGCCGAAGAGGACGAGAUCAAAGUUGCCGACGAGAAGAAGGAGCUAAGUGCGUGGCUAGAAAGGACAGGGUGGGCAGACCACUUACAAAAAUUCAAGGCAAAGAAGGAUUUAUUGCCACUGGCUGCCCCAGCACAAGAGGAUGAGCCGGUGUUACAAGUGAUAUGCGACAUAUUUAAUCGAUUGGCUGAUCACGCGAAGGCAGCAGCAGUACCAAGUAUAGUCGGACUGGCCGCGCUGUAUCAGAUCGAGCGGAAGGAGAUCCACAUCAAGCCAAGCAAGCCAUUCGAUAAUCGACUGGAAGAUGAGUCGUGGGCUCAGUAUAAAGGCUACUGGAUAACAAUGCUGCGUAUUUGGCAUCGUAUGGACGGUCGGCAAGACGAAGACCGACCGCCAUAUAAGCUAACUAUCCGGCAGGGUGACUUAUGGGACGAGUUCGUGGAAGCUGCCGAAGCUGUUGUCGCAGGGCAGGCAAGGGAGAGGGGGUUGACUGAUGAGAAGAUGGAGCGGCUAUGCUUGGAUGCGUUAAUCAGUAUACUCGAUCAUCAGUUCAAACAAAGCCACUAUGACAGUAUCGUGCUCAGCGCACUAGCGAUCAUGGGCAUCAACGAAGAUGGCGGUUGGAUAGAACCGACCGAUUAUACGCCGAAGUAUUCGGGCGUGAUCAAAGUGGCGCGUAUGUUGGUAGUAUACCAGUCAUGGCACGAGCGGGAGGAGGACGUUGCCGAGAAGAUGAGGACUAUGGAUGAAGACGAAGCUCGUGAGGAGGCAAAGGGGAUGUAUCGAAUCGUACGGGAAAAGUCACAACGGUUUAUAACGCGAGUAUCAGAAAAGAACAACUCAGAACCGACACCGAUGGACUGGAUAUUCGACGCACGGACAUAUAGAAUGAAGAUACGAUAUGCAACAGCAGCGGGUGGCACGAUCGAUUGGCGAGGUAAAGAGAUCACAUACCGGCAAGUCGCUGCUAUGCAAAUUGACGAUGGUGGGGGCACAUAA